AUGUCAAUCCGGUGGCUCCUCUUCCUCGUUCCCCUGGCCCUAGCGCAGGCGCAGGGCGACAACCAAACCCCUACACUGGAUCCCGAAGUCAUCCAGUCCGGCUCCUUUGUUGAUGGAUCAACCUCCCUGGGCUCAGACGAGGCUGCUCAGGCCAAGUCACUGACCUCUCAGAACAAUUUUAUCAACUUCUGCAAGGGCAAAACGCUCACUGACGGUCUUCAACGGACGGACGGCUCAUGCAACGGCAUCGUCAUGGGCGAGAUCCCCUCGAUUGAUAGGAUGAUCUCUGUGGUGAUCACGAAGCCGCAGAACGGUGACAGCAUCGAAUCUGGACAGGACUUCAAUAUUACACUUCAAGUAUCAAACCUGGAGGCUGGUGCGUUUACCAACGCCGUUGCAACCUACUACGCUGCGCCGCAGCAGCUGAAGGGCGGCAAUGUAGUUGGACACAUCCAUGUCACCGUGCAGGACACCGGUGCGAACCUAAACCCAACACAGCCCCUCGACCCAACGCAGUUUGCCUUCUUCAAAGGGAUCAACGAUGCCGGAGACGGCCGGGGAGGGCUAUCCGCGGCUGUGACCGGGGGAUUGCCGGCUGGAAAUUAUCGUCUCUGUACCCUGACUUCAGCCGCGAACCAUCAGCCGGUCAUUAUGCCCGUGGCCCAGCGGGGCUCACAGGAUGACUGUGUCAGAUUCACUGUGACUGGCGAU